AUGGUAGAGGCAGCGACGCCGAAUGAAGUACUCAUUUCUACCAAGGACGUGGUGAGGACGGCUCAUGAUGUUACCAUCAAUACCAAGGCACUCGCGGACUUCGCGCGUAGGUUUAAAAAAGUAUCACAGAACCAGAUCCGAACCUCUGCAGAUUCUCUAAGGGGGGAUGCUAAGACCGCCGCUAGACCGUGGGACCAAUGUGACUGUCAUUUAAUUGUUGAUGUCACCACUGAUGAUGGAGCAGAACUCACAGCAUUGUACGUUCUGCUAUUGGAUUGUAUGAACUUCUGUUUCUGGCCAGCUGGGAACUUCGAAUACGAGCAGUUGGGUAAUGGCGUGAAGUGGGCUCUCACUGGCCCUCAGGGGUCCGAGGUGAGCUUUAAACGCCCCGGUUGA